GUCAGUGCUUCUCAAGUGAGUGAAGAGCCUCUUCAGGCGCCGUGGUAAUUUAUUAGGCGGUGCGGUCUCCGUAUCGCAGACUGUGCGUUAACCUGCCGCGCGUGUCAUCUGUUGGCCAGUUGAGACCGAGUGCGUGCGUGUGCGCGCGUGUUGAUGACACACCAGAACUGAAACACACCAGAGGACGCGCGGAUAUAAAUGGAAUAACGCCAGUCCUACUGCUAUCAUGUCAGGAAAGUCUGAUGGGAAAAAGAAGUGGGCAGCCGUCAGGGACCGCCUGGGUUCCUCGCAGGACUCCGACACCCAGCAGGAGGCCAAUCUGGAAAGCGCUGACCCGGAGCUGUGCAUCAGACUGCUGCAAGUGCCCACAGUGGUCAACUACUCAGGGCUGAAACGGCGUCUGGAAGGCAGCGACCAGACAUGGAUGGUCCAGUUCUUGGAGCUGAGCGGGCUGGACCUGCUCCUGGAGGCGUUGGACCGGCUCUCGGGACGAGGAUGUUCCCGCAUCUCCGACGCUCUGCUGCAGCGCACCUGCGUGGGCUGACGCCGGUGGAUUUCUGAGACUCUGAGCACUGGAUGUUAUUCCCAACACAACGCCACACAGGGCAAAGUCCAAGAUGAGCUGCUGGAGCAGCAUCCUGUCUGCGUUCAGACACGAGGCGUAAACAAGAGAAUUAGAUUUGAAGUUGAUUCUGAGUCUCAGUUCUGUACUGUCCUCUGUACUGAUGGGCGGCCAUGAUGCUCCACAGCCCUGGACACCUCCAACACCAUGGUGAAGAAGCAGGUGUUUGAGCUACUGGCAGUUCUCAGCAUGUUCUCCACAGAUGGACACCGCCUGGCGCUGGACUCGCUGGACCACUACAAGGUGAGUGGACGACGACGUGGACGAGGCGUGUCGAGUGUUUGGUGUAGUUUUCACUACUUCCUGUUUGGUGAAAAUUAUAUUUUUACUUAUGGAUCUGAAUGUGGGAUUCCACUCAGAGCGCUGUUCUGUGCUUGUGUCGUUGCAGGACUUCAGCUGCUUGACCUUCUCCCUAAGUUGAGGGAGCAGGAGGAUGUGGACUUGAUCAUUCAGUGCGAAGCGUUUGAAGAGGCCAUGGCUGAAGACGAGGAGGAGCUGCUGCGGCUGUAUGGAGGCAUCGACAUGAGCAGUCACCUGGAGGUCUACACUACGCUGUUCAACAAGGUGAGCAGCUCUCCAGCCUCUCUGCAGCUCCUGUCCAUCCUGCAGACACUGCUGGUGCUGGGACCGAGCCGCUCCGACAUCCGGCUGGCUCUGGAGGCCAUUACGAACCGAGCCGUCCUCUUGGCCCAGGACUCUCAGAUGGAAUCCUGUGAGAAGAUCGUGCAGCGACUGUUGUUCCACAAAGGCGACAGCUGCCGGGACCGUCACGAACUGGACGGUCUGCUGCCCCGUGUGGACAAGGCCGUGCAGACCGAGCCGGACAGCGAGAGUUCAGAUGUCGUCAUGACGACCAAUCAGAAACCACUGUGUGCCUCACCCCCUCCUCCUCUUCCUCCUUCUUCUGGCCCACCGCCCCCGCCACCUCCUCCGCCACCGCCGCCACCUCUACCUGGGGGGUUUGCACCUGCGCCACCUCCUCCUCCUCCUUUACCUGGCAUGCCGUUGCUUAAUGGUCCAGGUGUUCCUCCUCCUCCUCCCCCUCCUCCUCCUCCAGCUCUACCAGGAAUGGGCAUUGGGCCACCACCGCCUCCCCCCUUACCUGGCAUGGCACCACCACCACCACCACCUCCUCCUCCUUUCCCCGGCAUGGCACCACCGCCCCCACCAGGCAUGAUCGUGGCGCAGAGCAGCCAGUUCCUGGGCUGCGGUCCCCCAGCAAAAGUGUACCGAUGUCCAACCUUGAGAAUGAAGAAACUCAACUGGCAGAAACUACGUUCUGUUACUGAUGGUCCCUCCAUGUGGGCCUCGGUUCAGAAAGAGCCUCCUCCUCGGGAGCCGGACUACAGCAGUAUCGAGCAGCUGUUCUGUCUCCCCGUCACCGAGCACAAAGACAAGGGGGCAGCUGCUCCUGUCAAGAAGGAGCCUAAAGAGAUCACGUUUAUUGAUCCAAAGAAAAGCCUGAAUUUGAACAUUUUCCUAAAGCAGUUCAAAUGCAGAUAUUAGGAGUUUGUGUCCAUGAUUCAGAACGGGGAUCGAAGUAGGUUUGAUGUGGAAGUUUUGAAACAACUCCUGAAGCUUCUGCCAGAGAAACAUGAGAUUGAAAACUUGAAGUCCUUCCAAGGAGAAAAAGAGAAGCUGGGGAACGUCGACCGUUUCUACGCCACCCUCCUCACGGUGCCAUGUUAUCAGCUGAGGAUAGAGUGUAUGCUGUUGUGCGAGGAAACUUUGUCGGUACUGGACAUGCUCAAACCUAAGGUGGCGCUGGUGGAGGAGGCGUGUCAGUCUCUGAGGGAGAGCACGCUCAUACCCAGUUUCUGCAGACUCAUCCUGGACGUUGGAAAUUUUCUGAACUACGGAAGUCACACAGGAAAUGCCGUAGGCUUUAAGAUCAGUUCUCUGCUCAAGCUGACAGAGACCAAGGCCAACAAGAGCCGCAUAACGCUGCUGCAUCACAUCCUAGAGGAAGCGGAGGCAAAUCAUCCAGAGCUGCUGGCUCUGCAAGACGAUUUGGCAAUCUGUGAAAAAGCUGCAGGAGUUAACCUGGAGUCUCUUCAGGGUGAAACCAGUGCCUUACUGAAACGGCUGAACGAGACCACCAAAAGGGUCUCCAACUCGGUGGAGGAGGUGAAGGAGCAGUAUGCAGGAGUACUGGAAGGAAGUGUGGAGGCAUUUCGCACUAUAAGUAAAAAGUUCGCAGAGAUCGACAGUCUGAGGAGCGAGCUGGCCGUCUACCUAUGUGAGGACGCCAACAACCUGUCGCUGGAGGAACUCUUCAGUACCAUGAAGACCUUCCGAGGACUGUUCAUUAAAGCACUGAAGGAAAACAAAUCCAUGAAGGAACAAGCAGCCAAGGCUGAGAAGAGAAAGAAGCAGCUGGCAGAGGAAGAGGCCAAGAGACAGAAGGGAGAGAACGGGAAAAUAAUCAAGAGAGGCAUCGUGCCACAGGACGACGGCUGCAUCGUCGACCUUCUGCUGGCAGAUAUCAGGAAAGGCUUCAGCCUAAGAAAGACCAGGCCCAGGUGCGAUUCGGAAAGCCUCCCUUCUAGUGAAAUGCGUAGGGAUACCCACCCACCUGGGUCAAAUGUCAAGCCUGUAGAAGAAGAAGCCGCAGAAUCAGCCACCAGUUUCACACCAAAGUCUCAGACAGAGGCUCACCCAGUCAGCGCAGGAGGGGGGAACGACAUCAUCAGCCCGCCAGACAAUGCUCCACCAGCUCGGCCGAGUGUCACAGCAGACGAGCCAGCUGCACCUCCCAAAACACUCCCCGCAGAGCCAGCCGCAGCAGCGCAGGCACCCCCGGAAAGACCGGUGUCUUUACAGGGGAGCCCCCGCCCAGAGGAGCCAGUGCUGCCGCUUCAUACCACCGCCUCACCCCCUCUGCCUGAGGCUGAAGUCGAUCAUCAGCCCUGUCCCUCCUCAAGUGGCAUUUCAUCAGAUUCAAACGAGACCAGCGUCCUCAGCCCGUUCUCCCUCUCUGACUCUGACCUGAUUGAGGCUGCGUUAGACAGCGCCCCCAGCCUGACACCUGAGCAGCUGACGUCCGAGCAACAGACGGAUGUAACUGCCCAGGAUUGUCCUUUGCCCCAUACAGACAUUACUCAGAGUAGUGAAAGCAAAACAAGUGAUCGAAUCCAUUUGACGACGGUAAAAGAGAGCAGCGGUGAAGAGCAGGAGUCCAUUACCGUCACAACCUGCAGCCGCGAUGAGGCCGCCAGCCCCGAGCACUCGGAUCCUAAAAGCAAUUUGAGCGUUGGCAGCAGAGUGUGUGACGUCCCUGAUGGACUGGAAUCAGAAGAUCACCUCCCGCUGCCUGGAGCAGGAAAAAAUCAGCAGGGCUUCUUUAAACGAGGCAAAAAGAAGAACAAAGGUAAUCUGUGCAUUAACCUCAAUAAACUUCCUGUUUGGAGUGCAUGUGUGAAAGGAAAAUCAACGUGUGUGUUUUUAAUGCAUUUUACAGUUUACAUAAUAUUGCAAAUGUGCGUGUGACCACAUGUAGAUGUUAUUAAAGACUGCGAAUGCAGUGUGCAGCACUUUA